AUGAACCGAAACGUGGAGAUCAAGGCCAAAGUUUCAGACUUCUCCAAGUUUCUGGCAAAAGCUGAAGAAAUCUCUGGUCAAAAGCCAAUUUUAAUACCUCAAGAAGACACCUUUUUCCACUCAAAACAAGGACGACUGAAGUUGAGAGAGUUCCCUGGCAAUGAUAAGGUAACUGGUUUGGUUUAUUCUUUAUUGUAUGUUUAGAAGCCUGCAGAAUUGAUUCAAUACGAUCGGCCAGAUGUCUCCGGCCCGAAAAUCUCUGGUUUCAUUAAGGUGGGCAUUGAUGAACCAGCUGCAUUGAAGGUAAGAAGCUUGGUGAAGACUUUUUGGGCUCAUAGAUUUCCGUCGUUUUGAUAUGUACCGUUGUUUUGCCAAAAGUCGUGAGAUCUGUCACGUGUAAUAUAAUUUUGUCAAUGAUUUUUUUAUGGAAGUGAUGAUUAUAAGCAAGCUAUUUCAGCAAGCUUUGACCCUUUCCAAUGGAGUUCUCGGCAAUGUAAGCAAGAUCCGUUACCUUUUCCUUGUUGGUCAAACUCGAAUUCAUGCUGAUCGUGUUGACAAUCUUGGUGAAUUUAUGGAGCUCGAAGUGUGUCUAAAGGAAAAACAGACUCUCGAAGAGGGACAGGCUAUCGCCGAAGCUCUUAUGGAGAAGUUGGGUAUCACCAAAGACGAUCUGAUUGAAGGCGCUUAUAUGGAUGCUCUCCUUGCUCCAUAG